AAAUCAAUCCCAGCAAUAUUUGGCGUCUACUUGGUAAAAAAAUUGAUGCGUCCUCGCUUGGAAUGUUUUUUUUCAAUGCAUGCGCGCUCCCGACACAAGACCACACAUUCAAAUACCUUGGCGCAACACCGGAAGUGAAGAUGGCUGUGGACGGUUCCUGGAUGACUCACUGUCGUAAAAUCACCGUCAAUUUGUUUAAUAGCUAAAAUUAAAUUACAUUUGGAGCUAAACGUGAUAGUGAUAUUUAAUCAAGCAAUACUGUUCAGCCUAAUGAAUGUAUACGGCUAAAAUGUAAGAUUUAAAAUUACUUCAAGGUAUUUUAUUUUGAAACUCUGAGCGAGAACCUCUCGCCCUUGGACAUUUAUCUUGACUAUCGGCGUUACUGGUCCACCGGCUCUUUUCCCAACUCUCAUCUGUCCGUUAAAUGUUGUUUUGUGCCAGUUGUCGCUGAGACAGGUGUAUCAGCGGGAAACGUCUCUGUCCUCACGUGACUCCGACAUGCCCGCGCGAGCGGAGAUGGCUCCUCUGGAAUCAUCUCGCUGACACAUCCCAGGCCUCAUUCGAACAACUUGUUCCGUGAGUGGUGAUGAGGAUGAAGGCAGUCCGGUGAGGAGAUGUAGCUUCGGAUUAGGGCCAGGACAGCCGUUCUAAUAAUGAAGAUCUGGAGCACCGAACAUGCAUUCAGCUACCCCUGGGAGACGGUGAUCAAGGCUGCAAUGAGAAAAUACCCCAACCCCAUGAACCCCAACGUGGUCGGGGUGGACGUUCUGGACCGCAGUCUGGACUCAGAGGGUCGCCUCCACAGCCACAGACUCCUCAGCACAGAGUGGGGGCUACCGGGUAUCGUACGAGCGAUACUGGGAACCAACCACACUCAGACUUAUGUAAAGGAACUCUCCAUAGUCGACCCCAGCCAGAAAAAGAUGGAGUUGUGUUCAUCUAAUAUAACUCUCACCAACCUCAUAUCAGUGGACGAGAGGCUUGUUUACAGACCACACCCACAAAACCCUGAGGUCACCGUCCUGACACAGGAAGCCAUCAUUACAGUGAAGGGAGUCAGUCUGGGCAGUUAUCUGGAGGGGAUGAUGGUCCGGAGCAUGUCCGCCAACGCCCGGAAGGGGUGGGACGCUAUUGAGUGGAUUAUUCAGAACUCCGAGAGGGAACGUUCAUCUCUGUGACAUUCACUAACGCCGGCCUCUGACUCUUCAAGAACGUCUGCUCUCCUCAGCUCCACCCGAGUUUUCAGCAUCUUUGGAUCUUCUUGCGAUGUCUGGAAGGACUUUUCACUUAGUCCAUCUAAGCAGACAAACUAGCUUCAAACCAUAGCUUUAUUCGUCGCUCUGCAUUCUGCAUUCCCUAACCCAGUAGGUUUAACAGUAUGAUGGAGAGACACUUUAGCUAGAUGUUGGUGAAAGUUAGAACUCUAGAUCCAAAUUCAGCUCACAUCUUAAAGGUGAACAAUGCAAAAGGGGGCGGCUCGUCCAAGAUUUGGGACAAUUUCAUCAAUAAGCAACAAACUUAAAAGAGAACAAUAAAAACGGAUCUAAAAGGAGAACUCCACCAUCAACACUGGCCUCUCUUAUUUAUUUCUUCUACCUGAAAGCAGCCGCUCUGUAAAACAGAUUUUUUGAGAGGGAAAAGCGGGUUACUCUCUCCCUCACACACACACAAACACACACUAUUCUUCGGAGUUCUAAUGGCCUUAAACCCCCUCCUCCCGGAGAAGUGGCAAGCCUCUGACGGUCUCAUGACUCCAAACGUAGAUGCUACCUAUGUAGAUCUUGACCAUCAGGGCAGUGCUGUAUGUGCCAUGGUGCACCUAUGUGCUAAAUGUAUUUAUAGGUAUUAUUUGCAUAAUAUUUGAUGUUAUUUAAAACAAAUGCACUGCUUUUAUUCUGUCCAUGUUACAUAAAAUGAGUUCAGUUUGUGUUUUAUUUUGGUUUUAACAUCAGAUGAUGUUUGGCUGCAGCUUUUGCUGAAACUACUAAAAUGAAUAAAUAAAAGUAUUUGUUGUUUGAGCUCA